AUGGAUGACGAACCUGAAGAAUAUGCUGUCGAGCAAAUUGUCGACAAGCAAAUCGAAAACGGAAACGCCAAGUAUCGCGUAAAAUGGGAAGGUUACAGCUCUUCUGAAAAUACUUGGGAACCUUUGGAAAACUUGACAGAUUCUAUGAACUUGGUCACUGAGUUUGAAAACAAGUGUCGCAAUUCCCGUUGUUCAAAAAGAGUUGUCAAUUACGCUGAAAAGAAAAGCGAUUCGCCAGCUGAUGCAAAGAAUGAUGACACUGUCUCUGAAGAUGAUGACGAUGAUGACUUUCUGGCAGAGGAUGAAGAAAAAAGCGAAAAUGAUGACGUUUACCAAAGUGCUGAAGAAGAUGAGGAUGAUGAUAUGAGUUUAAACGAGUCUGAUUCUGAUGAGGAAAAUGUCGAUAAACACCUCUCGACCGGUGAUAAGCAAACCGACGCACUUUCAAGCAACUUAGUUGACGCUGAAUUUGCUGGAACAGCUCAAGCUAAGCAAACAACUUUGAUAAUAGUAGAAGGGCCUUCAGCUAUGAAAGCAGUCAAAUCUGGUUUAUUUGUGCUUGAGAAAAGUUUUGUUGGAAUUCUUUCACUACAAGGAAAACUGAUAAACGCAAAGGAUUCAACUGAUGCAAAAGUAAAGAGCAACAAGUGGAUUAAAUUGAUUGUCAGCAGCCUAGGACUGGACUUUAACAAGAAGUACACUGNAAAAAGUGAACAAGAAAAAUUGCGUUACGGAAAAGUCCUAAUUAUGGCAGAUCCUGAU